AACACGAAGACAGGAAGAGCACGCGGGCUGUUGUUGUUAAAACGUUAUAACGUCCGGGAGAUGCCAGCUCUCUGACUGUUUUCUCAGACGGCAUGGCUUCGCUGUCAUGGCUGGGAGACCUGAGCAGAUUCGCUCUGUCACCGUCAAACCUCGCGCCUUUGCUUCUCUUCUUCGCGGUGUUUUAUUUGGCUAGUUUUUACCAGAAGCGGCGGAGCGUCUACAGGAACAUCCCUCCAGGUCCCCAGCCGUGGCCGGUGGUCGGGAACUUCGGUGGUCUGCUGGUGCCUCCCUUCAUCAGGAGGAGGUUCGGACAGACCCCCGACCCGAACAUUGGAGUCAUGGAGGCUCUAACGUCGCAAGCCCAGGUUUACGGGAACAUCUACAGCCUGUUCGUAGGCAGCCAGCUGCUCGUUGUCCUGAACGGCUACGAUGCGGUGAGGGAUGCCCUGUCAAACCAUCCAGAGGUUUUCUCUGACCGUCCAGAUGUUCCUACUAUCUCCAUACUCACUAAACGCAAAGGAAUCGUGUUUGCACCUUAUGGGCCGGUCUGGAGGAAGCAGCGGAAGUUCUGCCACUCCACCCUCAGGAACUUCGGCCUGGGAAGGUUAAGUUUGGAGCCCUGCAUCCAGCAGGGCGUGGCUUCCGUCAAAGCGGAGCUAAUGAGACUGAGCGAAGAGCGUGGCGGCUCUGGCGUGGACCCCGCCAAGCUGAUCGGCAACGCUGUGUCGAAUGUCAUCUGCUCCCUGAUCCUGGGUCAGCGCUUCCAUCACGAGGACCCCGAGUUCCGCACCAUCCUGGACCUGAUGGCUCGGGGUCUGGAGAUCUGCAUAAACAGUCCGGCGGUCCUCAUCAACAUCUUCCCUCUGCUCUACUAUCUGCCUUUUGGGGUCUUUAAGGAGCUACGGCAGGUGGAAAGAGACAUCACCGUGUUCCUGAAGAAGAUCAUCGGAAACCACAGCCAGACGUUGGACCCAAACAACCCCAGGGAUCUCACCGACAUGUACCUGAUGGAGAUGUUAGCGCAGCAGGCUGCAGGAGAGGAGGACAGCAGCUUCACAGAGGACUAUCUGUUUUACAUAAUAGGAGACCUCUUCAUAGCUGGAACCGACACCACCACCAAUUCAGUUCUCUGGGUUCUACUUUACAUGGUUCUCUACCCCGAUAUCCAAGGACCGGUGUGGUCUCCAGGUCGCCGGGUGUGCAUGGGCGAGCAGCUGGCUAAGAUGGAGCUCUUCCUGACCGUCACCGGUCUGCUGCAGGCCUUCCGGUUCCGGCUCCCAGACGGGGAAGCUGCUCCGUCUCUUCAGGGGCGGUUCGGCCUGACGCUGGCUCCCUGUCCCUUCGCCGUGUGUGUGACCGCUCGGGGGGAAGAUGGUUUCAGCUAGAAGGUCUGCUGGGACGUUUAAGGACCUCUAAGAAGACUCAACUCAGGAUUU